AUGAUAAGUGGACAAAUAAAACACUUAUCAAAGUACAGUUUUGUUGAUGGAAGUAUCAAGAAACCAACGGAUCAAGAGAAAUUGGAGGAUUGGGAGGCUAUUCAUUCAAUGUUAGUCUCGUGGAUUACAAAUACGUUGGACCCUUCGGUAAGGGCAACGAUAGGAGAGUAUGAUGAUGCUCAUCUCUUGUGGAACAAUUUGAAGAACCGCUUUUGUGUGGUUAGUGGCACUAGAAUUUGCCAAUUAAAGAUGUCCUUGGGUGAUUGUAAACAAGGAAAGACUGAUUCCGUGGCGGCGUAUUUUGGUCGUAUUGCCAAAAUUUGGGAUGAACUGAACACGUACAUCACCGUUCCAGUUUGUUCGUGUGGCUCAUGUAAGUGUAAUAUUGUGGCUCAAGUUGAAAAAUUGAGGCAGGAAGAUUUUCUACAUCAAUUUUUAAUCGUCUUGGAUGAAGCUUAUGGCUCGAUUAGGGGUCAAUUGUUGGCUCAGGAUCCUUUACCAACGGUUGAUAAAGCUUAUCAACAAAUAAUACAAGCUGAGCGUUUGAAAGGUGGGGAGGCGCGUGACAGUCCUAUGGCCUUCAAGGUAGACACUCCUGCCAAAUCUCAGCGUGCAUCGGGUGGCUUGGAUAGGCAAGUUUAG